AUGGGAGGUAAUAUCUCGUCAAUCCUCGAAUCUGCCGCCAAAAAGGGGGGAGAAACCGACAAGGAAGCGCAGGAUGCCCUCAACAUAUUCUUCACUGUGGCCGAGGGCCAGGGGGACAAUGCGUCGAGGUCUUCCGGAGGACUGCUGCCCAUCAAUAAAAUCAUGACGAAGGACAACUUGAUUUAUUGCCAGACCACGGAUAAUCCAGUGGACAUAAUCGACAUCAUAAACCAAAAAUUCUCUCAGUUUGCAUCUGGAGACGUUGCAAAAGGAAUUGCAGCCGCUAUACAAGCUAGCAUCUCGCGUCUUCUUGGUGGAUCGAGUGGGGCAUCAUUCCAGACCUCUGAUUCCUGGUUCGUUUACUUGCCUUAUACGUUCAAAGAGCUUUAUUCACCUUCCAAAUAUUCAGGUUCACCUCCACAGGGGGCAUGCUUGAUAGUAUCUAAACCAGACCUCAGCGACGUGGAUGACAAGAAACUACGCAUCCUCGUCCAAUACAGUUACGGAAAUAGCUCGGCUGAACAGCAAGCAGCCAUCUAUACGCAGCUUUUGAAUGCUCUUCAGAAUAAUAAGCACUCAUAG